GAGCUGUGUUGCUCUGAGAUGAAACAUGGCGGACAGUGGCUCGGUACCAGCGAGAAGAUGCGGCUCCGGCUCAGUUUCCUCCGUCAGCAUGGACACAAUAUCAGCUCUGACAGAACUGGAGGAUUUAGAAAACAUUUACCAACAGCUUUGUUCUGAAGAGAAAGAAGUGGAAGCUGAACUGGACAGAUUGGUGGGACAGGAAAGCACCAUCCACACAAAGAUGCUGGCUUUGCAGAGAAUGGGGCCUAAGCUCCAGCUGAUUGAGGGAGAUGCCAGUCAACUGUCUGGCAUGAUAACUUUUACUUGCAGCUUGGCUGAAAAUGUCAGCCGCAAAGUGAGACAGCUCGAUCUCGCAAAAACACGGUUGUAUAAUGUUAUCCAGCGAGCCGAUGAUAUCCUGGAUCUGAAGUUUUGUACUGAUGGUGUUCAGACAGCCCUCCGCAAUGAAGAUUAUGAACAGGCUGCAGCUCACAUUCACAGAUACCUUUCUUUAGACCAAUCUGUAAUUGAACUGAGUAGACAAGGAGAAGAAAGUAGUUCAGUGGAUGCCAGCCUGGUUUUGCUCCAAGAGGCAGAGCAAAAACUGAAAGUCAUUGUUUCUGAAAAACUGGAUGAAGCUGUUGCUGCUGUUGAUCUAGCACAGGUGGAAAGGUUCUUCAAAAUCUUUCCCCUGUUAGGCCUCCAUCAACAGGGGCUUGCACGGUUCGGACAAUAUCUCUGCACUCAGCUUGCUGCUAAAGCUGAAGAGAAUCUAAUUUUAGCUACAGGAGGAGAUGUGGGUGACAAGAGGGCACCACUUAUAUUUGCUGACACACUGACACUUUUGCUUGAAGGCAUUGCACGUGUAAUUGAGACUCACCAACCAAUAGUGGAAACCUAUUAUGGCCCAGGGCAUCUCUAUACAUUGAUAAGACACCUACAGGAGGAGUGUGAUAAACAAGCACAGAAAAUAGUUGACAAAUUUAUUCAACAGAGAGGAUAUCACAAUAAGUUCCAGAUUGUCCAAAACAGCAUGUUGAAGACAAUUCCAGGUGAAAGGACUGAGCCCAGAGAGCUGGAUCCAGUCCUCACUGAAGUAACAAUAAUGAAUGCCAGGGCUGAGCUCUAUCUACGUUUUUUACGGCGUCGAAUUCUUGCAGACUUUGAAGUUGGAGAUAUACAGAGCAUCACAAAGGAGCAUCAGCAGAAUGCCGAAAAGCUCCUUAAACACUGUCAACUGAGUAGAACAAUGCAAGAGUUAAUUGGCUAUUACAUACCGAUGGAAGAGUACUACAUGAGGGAAUCUGUAAACAAGGCUGUUACCAUGGAUACAUAUGAGAAAGGCCAACUAACAUCCAGCAUGGUGGAUGACUGUUUUUACAUUGUGAAAAAGUGUAUUAGUAGAGCAUUGUCCAGCUCUAGUAUCGACUGCUUAUGCGCCAUGAUCAACCAUGCUAACUCCGUGCUGGAGUCAGACUUCAGGGAAGUACUGUAUAAUAAGUUACGACAAGGUUUUCCAGCGACUACCCUUCAAGACAUCCAGCGCGGUGUCAGUAGUGCUGUCAGUCUGAUGCAAAGUAGUUUACAACAGGGGAAAUUCAACACUCUGGGCAUAGAGAGUACUGAAAAUGCAAAGACUGCGUUUUUGGUGACUUUGAAUAACGUUGAGGUGUGUAGUGAGAAUAUUUCUACUUUAAAACGAAACCUCGAGAAUGACUGUGCCAAGUUGUUUACUCAGGGCACCAGCUCUGUUGAACACGCAAAAAUUGAAAGUUGUUUGUCAGAUCUUGUCAACACUUCCACCAAGUUUAAAGAUCUUUUACAGGAGGGUCUGACAGAGCUGAACACAACUGCUAUAAAACCUCAAGUUAAACCAUGGAUAAGCAGUUUUUUGUCUAUUUCACACAAUAUUGAAGAGGAAGAGUUUAAUGAUUAUGAAGCCAAUGAUCCCUGGGUGCAGCAACUUAUUGUCAACUUGGAACAGCUGAUGUGUGAGUUUAAGGUGGCCCUCUCUCCUGUUAUCUAUGACACCCUGACCAGCCUAAUGACCAGCUUAAUAUCUAUUGAACUGGAGAAGACUGUCCUCAAAUGUUCAUUUAGUCGGCUUGGAGGGUUGCAGUUUGACAAAGAGCUUCGGUCUCUUGUGGCCUACCUUACAACUGUGACCACCUGGACCAUCAGAGAUAAAUUCGCUCGCCUUACUCAGAUGGCCACUAUUCUCAACUUGGAGCGGGUAACUGAGAUCUUGGACUACUGGGGUCCCAACUCUGGCCCUCUGACGUGGAGACUAACACCGGCUGAGGUACGACAGGUCUUGGCUCUUCGAAUAGACUUCAGAAGUGAAGACAUCAAGAGGCUGCGCUUGUAACUGGUAAACUAAGGCCACCACUGGUUUGAGUAUACACUAUACAGGAAACUUUUCAGAAUGGAAAUGUAAUGAACUGUGCAGACGUGUGGAUUUUUACUACAUAUGUUGUCAACAGGAUCAAUAAUUACCUUUGUAUGUACAUGUAUAAUUAAGAUGGGAUACAUCUCUAAUUUUGCCACUCUGUGAAUAAACCUGUAACAGGCAGUGAGAAAUGAGGACACUUUGGCACCAAGGAGUAGAGCUGUGUGGCUGUCAGUGAAACAGUGCGGUAAUGAACUUCAUUCCCAUUAAACUGACAGAAACAGGUCAGACAGCUGAUCCAGCAGAGUCAUUCAAUAUACGAAUAGCUCCUUGUCUAUGACGAUGGAACACUUUUAACCUAAUAAACUGAGAGCUGCGGUGCAA